CAAUUUGAAAUUGACUGGUAAGAGAGAGAACAAAGAAAUGUUUUCGCUACGCUUUCCAUUCUCGUUUUCUCAGCCAAGAAAGCACCUCGAUCUGCAUACACGUGCCACCUCCUCCCGCCGAUUCUCCGCCACCGCUUUCUCUGUGGCAAUCGCUGCCGGAGCAGCCGCAGUUUCCGGAGGCAUAGCUGCCUCGCUGAGUGCCGACAAACCAAAAGGCCCAUUUCUUCAAGAUGUACUGGCUUCCCUGUUAUCCAAACACUCCUCUCCACUUUGGGGAUCACUCUCUCUGGCUGAUGAUUCGUCUCCCGUCGUGGAAUCCAAGACAGGCGCUUCGUUUCCUCCGGUGAUUUCCGAUUCUCGGCGGCUUCUUGGAGUUGGAUUGAGGAGAAAGAGCGUGUUGGGAUUGAAGAACAUUGAUGUCUACGCUUUUGGUGUUUAUGCGGAUCACAAUGACGUUAAGAACCUGCUUGGUGAGAAAUAUGGGAAACUUUCAAUUUCUGAGCUUAAGGAAAACAAGGAGUUCAAUAUGGAUCUCAUGGAAAAUGACAUUUGCAUGACAGUAAGGCUUCAAAUAGUCUAUGGUAGGUUAAGCAUUCGCAGUGUGCGUAGUGCUUUUGAAGAGUCUGUUGGAAACAGGCUACAAAAGUUUGGGGGAUCCGAUAAUAAGGAAUUGCUUCAGAGAUUCACUUCCUUGUUUACGGAUGAAUAUAAAAUACCGCGAGGCUCUGUGAUAGAACUCUCAAAGGAGCGAGGCCAUGUACUUCGCACAACAAUUAAUGGAAAGGAUGUGGGAAGCAUACAGAGCAAACUCCUCUGUCACUCUAUUCUGGAUUUAUAUAUUGGUGAGGAGCCAUUUGAUGAAAAGGCCAAAGCAGUCAUUGAGCAGAAACUUGCGUCUUUUCUUCACUCUUAGAUAAGUGUUCACCAAAGGUAUCCUCAAUUAAAAGGAAAUUUCUAGUAGUGGUGAGCAUUUGCUGCAUCAUUAUAUCAUCUUUAUGUGGUUGCUAAUUUCAGUUAUAUAACAAAAUUCUUCCCAAUAUGCAUUUGAUGACUGGAUUUUGUGUAGAAAAUAUUGGCAUGCGUUAAAUUAAGGUUAGUCAUCUUGGAGUGCGCAGCUA